CGGGAGUGAAGUCUCGCGAUAAGAGGCCGUUGCCGUAGCGGAGCCCUCUGGCAGUGUGUGUGAGGACUCAGUGCUGGAGCCGUGGACGGUUUGUCCAGCCCGUUAGUGCUCCCGCCGAGACUCACGCCGCCGUCAUGUCCCGCUACCUGCGUCCCCCCAACACGUCUCUGUUCGUGAGGAAUGUGGCCGACGACACCCGGUCUGAAGAUUUACGACGAGAGUUUGGUCGUUAUGGUCCUAUAGUUGAUGUGUAUGUUCCGCUUGAUUUCUACACUCGCCGUCCACGAGGAUUUGCUUAUGUCCAAUUUGAAGAUGUUCGUGAUGCUGAAGAUGCUUUACAUAAUUUGGACCGAAAAUGGAUUUGUGGUCGCCAAAUUGAAAUACAGUUUGCACAGGGAGAUCGGAAGACUCCAAAUCAGAUGAAAGCCAAGGAAGGGAGGAAUGUGUACAGUUCUUCACGUUACGAUGAUUAUGACAGAUACAGGCGUUCUAGAAGCCGAAGUUAUGAAAGAAGGAGAUCAAGAAGUCGGUCCUUUGAUUACAACUAUAGAAGAUCCUAUAGUCCUAGAAAUAGACCGACCGGAAGACCACGGCGUAGCAGAAGCCAUUCCGACAAUGAUAGAUUCAAACACCGAAAUCGAUCUUUUUCAAGAUCUAAAUCCAAUUCAAGAUCACGGUCCAAGUCCCAGCCCAAGAAAGAAAUGAAGGCUAAAUCACGUUCUAGGUCUGCAUCUCACACCAAAACUAGAGGCACCUCUAAAACAGAUUCCAAAACACAUUAUAAGUCUGGCUCAAGAUAUGAAAAGGAACCAAGGAAAAAAGAACCACCUAGAUCCAAAUCUCAGUCAAGAUCACAGUCUAGGUCUAGGUCAAAAUCUAGAUCAAGGUCUUGGACUAGUCCCAAGUCCAGUGGCCACUGAUAGUAUAAACCAUGAUAUUUUAGGCAUGUAUCAUUCAUUUACUCAUAGUUUGGUUUACUUAAAUUAUCAGGAAUACAAUGUUGCAAUGAUGCUUACAAAACACUUGUCAGUUUUCCCUGUACCAGGCAAUGGUUAUAAUUAAAGUGAUAUGCUGUUGAGAAGCCACUCUUAAGAGUCCAGUUUGUUUAAUGUUAUGGGCAGCUACCAAUUUGUGGUGUCUCUGUAUAUUUUUGUAAAGAUUCUCAUUUUUUAUGCUUGAAGUAUUGGUGGAAAGAUGUUGGUUGACCAUAAUUUGCAACAUUGUCUUAUUAAAAACAAACUCAUAUCCAUAUUUGGUAGACCUGUUAACCUAGAAAUAUAGCUUGCUAAUAAGAUAGAAUGAUACAAAAGUGAAGUUGUAGCCACAGUACACUGAGUGAUCAAACACAUUUAGGUUCAGGGUGGACCUUUUUGUCUUAAGAUGUUUAGGCCCGUGAAAAUAGUUAAUUUAUGACCCAGUGUGGAAUAGUUCUUUUCUUAACCCCACCAUCUUAGGGAGUAAUGCAACUGGAUUAAGUAGCAUUUCCAGGGAGAUUGAGUUUUUUAUUGAAACAUGGAGCCUUCACUGCUUUUUUCUAGUUUCUAAGAUUUGGAAUAUAUAAACAUCAGAAAAACUCACCUUAAAAUUUGAACAGGUCAUUGAUGACAAAUUUGAGGUGGAAAUGAUGCUCUUAUGUAGUUACUCUAAACUUGAAAGAACAUUGUUGACCAUAAUAGCUUAGUUUUUGCUGCUGUUAUAAACAAGUUAAUUGUUUCACAGUAAGUUUGUGUGUACAUAGUGUAGAAGAACUGCAUUUUGAUGCUUAUAGCACUUGUUGUAUGUGCAUUUGUAUCAAAAUUUGCCUUCCUCUUUAUGAAGGAGGCUUGUUCUUCACACCUGUUCAUUUAAUGUGAGGCAAAUUGAAAGACACUCCCAUUCUAGGUGAUUCUGUGGUGCCAUGAAAAAGAAUUGAUGGAUUAUCAAUGUGUAGUACCUGACUAAAAAUGAGGAAAAAAUUCCCUUUAACCAUUUUAUAAUUUCUAGCAUUUCUCUUGAGAGAUCGUUUUAGGGACAAUAAGUUACUUGAUGUGUCCAGUCUCAUUUCAGAAUAAAAGCUAGCAUCUUCAAAAUUUUUAGAUUGCUUGCUUGCCAGGUUAUAAGUAAGAAAUAUUGUGGGAAAACGACUCCUUUUAGAGGAUUGCUUUUUUCAAUUUUGCUUUUAGUAAUAUAGGCCUUGCCUGUAAAGAACAAAAGGUGGUUUUUAAAUACUGUUUGUGGAAUGUGUUUAAAGGUUGAUUCUAGGACCUUUGUAUAUUUGAUAGUAUUUCUAACUCUCAUUUCUUUACUGUUUUGCAGUUAAUGUUCAUGUUCUGCUAUGCAAUCAUUUAUAUGCACGUUUCUUUAAUUUUUUAGAUUUUCCUGGAUGUAUAGUUUAAACAACAAAAAAAAAGUCUAUUUAAAACUGUAGCAGUAGUUUGCAGUUCUAGCAAAGAGGAAAGUUGUGGGGUUAAACUGUAUUUUCUUUCUUAUAGAAGCUUCUAAAAAGGUAUUUUUAUAUGUUCUUUUUAACUAAUAUUGUGUACAACCUUUAAAACAUCAAUGUUUGGAUCAAAAUAAGACCCAGUUUAUUUUCUGCUUGCUGUAAAUGAAGCAAACAUGCUAUAAUAAAAACAAAAUGAAGGAAAUAAUGAUUAACUGGAAUUAUUAUAGUUUAUAAUGAGAUCCUAAAAUAACAUGGAAUCUUUUGUAGAUUGAGGAAUAGUUUUAAUCAGUGUUUCACUAGGCACAACGAACUUUUACUUUGGAAAUGAAUAGAACUUACCAGUAAGGUACAUCUUUUACAUGGUACUUAAAAAUUCCUUAUGUAAUGUCAAAGCCCCUUGGGUUAAAUAACUUAAGAGGUUAUUACAAUAGUAGUGUUAAGAUAUGCAUUAAAGUGAAAUUUGGUCAGCUGAUUAGAAGUUUAUUGGGUAGACCAAUAAUUCUGCUCUUCCCAGUCCUAAACAAGAUAUGUUAGGUCUUGUGUUUAUGGCAUGGUUUAAAAUGCUUUUGCAUUGAAUUUGAUAAGCAAUUAAUAAGUGAUAACUGGGGAGCUGGUUUAGGUUUUUGAAUUCCAGCUACUAAAUAAUGGCAACCAUUAUAGCUGAUAGUUAUUGAGUAUUUAUGAUGUGCCAGACACUGUUCUAAACCCUAUUAGAUAAGAUACUUUUAUUUUCCCUAUAUCACAGAUAAGGAAAUUGAGGCACAAAGAAAGGGCCAGAUUAUUGAGUCCAAACCUGGUCCUCUUGUGGUUUGGUGAUUGUUUUUUUGUUUUGUGGGUUUUUUUUUGUGUGUUUUUUUUUAAUGGAUUACAAUUUGAGAAAAGUACAUUGAGGAGAUGAUUCUCAAUCUCUAGAAUUAAAAGACCUUGUAUUUUCUUUUUCUUUUUUUUUCUUCUUUUUUUUUACUUGUGUCUCUUAUUUUUAGACUCGUCUGUGUUAUUUCUGAAAUAAAAUAUGUAACAGAGCUUCCAAAGGACUAUAUUAUAGUUGAACCCAUAAGAGUUAGGAUCCUACUGAUACUGAUGAGGAUCCUUAUACAGUGCUUUAAUUUUGGGUUACAUACUUGAGUUACAUAAUUAUUGAGUACCCACUGUGUGUCUGGCACUGCUUAAUAUAUUAAACCAUCAAGACUCAAGUGAGGGAUGACACUUCACCUCUCUUUACAUUUUGUUUUAAGCCAAAUAAGCAAGAAGAGAAAUGACAGAUAAUGCCUCAGUGAGAAAGAAAAGGUGUGCUACUUAGUGUAUGAGCUAUUAAGGUAUAACCCUGGGAACUAUUGUACUGUUCUCUUGAAAAUCUGGCCCAGUAAGCUGCUACAUCCAGUUCAACUAACAAAAUCCUGUAUACCACAGAGAAGAAUAAAGAAAACCAAACUGACAAACAUCCUUCUUUUAUUUAAGACCAAACUGCAGCUGGAAUACCCAGUACAGUUCUGCUUACUACACUUCAAGAAAGAUCUGAGAAAAGCGGAAAAAGAACCAAAGAAGGGCAGUUCAAGCGACCAAAGGGUGGGUGGAAGGUGCUGCAGUAUGAAUACUGUGUGAAUAUUUUGACUCUGGUCUGAAAAGAUAAAAGAAUGUUAUUGAAACUACAUGGAAUAAUUGAAGUCCCUUCAAGUUUGGAAGUAAGCAUUUUAGGACAAAUAAAAGGAAAUUCAGCUUUGUACUUGUGGAAACUAAUCCCUAAAUCUGAGUAGGUUUAUAUUUGAUUCAUGGAUAACAGGUCCAUAAUAAAUUACUGGAAACUAGGAUGUCUCAAUAUCACGGUAGACAGCCAUAAGUCUCCUACAGUGCUGCUUUUGGUCUGUCUGAAACAAUUGGGUGAGAAAAGGCAUGGUCCAAUUUAAACUUUUUCUUGGUUCUCUCUUAAAGUCAGAUUCAUUUUUGCUAUUGGUAAAUAUUGCCUUUGUUCCAGUGCCAGUGUUUCACUGUUUAAUGGUUUGCUUUGUUGGCAUCUGAGUUUAUUUACCUGUAUGCCAUGUGCAGUUUACAUCUUCCUUAAACACUAUUCCCAGGUAAAUUCUAAUUAUAAUACUUGACAUCCAGUUAAGAGGUUCUACAUCUCACCUCUUUCUUAGCAUAUUCACAAACAUUUACUGAGCCCUUUACUAUAAGCAACAAUUGUACUGGAUAAUUGGGAGGAAAAAUAGAUUUAAAAUUCACUUAUUCAAUAAAUGUCUGAGCACAAUCUAGUGAAUGACAUUACAGAAUGGCCUCAUUGUUUUGAGGUGUAUUGUUUGACAAUAUUUUACACCAUAUCUUAAUGUAAUUAUAAAACCCAGUAUACUAUCAAAGAUAAGUAAUUUUGUGGUUACCUGACAUUAAAAAGUAUCUGGUAUUUCUGUUUGCAUCCCAUUAAUACAAAUAAUGAAAAAAUGAUGUUUUGAUCUGUAAUAAACUGAUUUAUUGUGCAGUGACUGUAAUAUACUAGAAUUAUAUUGUUUACUGCCUCCUCAAACACACAUUAGGAGAUAAUCCCCCCAAAAAGUAUUUCAUUUUGCAUUAGAUAUACAGGACACUGGGUGCUAUAAUUAGAUUAUUUUGAGGCAGAAAGAGAGCUGUUAUUCCAACUGACUUAGUAUGUUCUGUAACUGAGAAAAUGUUCGCCAAGUUAUACUUUUUAGUGAUUGACAUGUACAUUUUGUAGGGGACAUGUUCUGUGUAUAGUGAAUAAAUAACUUUUAUAGUAUCACAAAAUGUUUUGGAUUUCUUAGUUCCUUAUUAGGAUAUGAAGGCUAUUUGCCUAUAUAUUGAUUCCAUUGCUCUUAUUUUUGUCAUGUUUCUGCCACAUUUAAACUUAAUGUUAUUCAUCUAAAAAUAUGGGUUUUGUAAAGAUUUCAAAAAUAUAGCAGAACACACAACUAAGGGGAGGUAUGAACUGGAGGUUUAUGUAAGUUUUUCUAUUCUGAACUGGAGGUUAUUUUUACUCAUGUUAAAUUUUGAACUUGGCCAAGAUACAAUACAUAGAGAAUGGCAGAUUAACUGGAGUCCAUGAUUUUUUCAUUUAGUUCAUCUUUGUCACAGUUUUGCACUGUACUUUUCAACAAAUGGGAGCGUUUUAUAGCUUAAAAUUACCAGGGAAUCUAAGGUUCACUGAGGGAAGAUUUAUAAGAUAGGUUUAAUUGCAAAAAAGUAUUUUGUCACUCUUCUGAAUGGAAGUUGUUAAAUGUAACCCAAGCUCUCACAGCUGUUGUGACACACUUUUUCCAGGCUGGUUUCCCAAAUUUCAAUAUUAGAUUGCAUUUUUAUCAUAUUCCCAUUUACAAAAUCCUGAGAUAUUCUGAAAUAGGGGAGCUAUGACUUGAGACAGCAGAGGGGUAACUCAGGAAUAAUCUAAUGGCAUUCUGCUAAGAGCUAUUAAAGCCUUUAAGAAUCCCCAGAAAUAAACUUCUCAUUUAUAAAAAUGAAGUAAAAGCAACCCAUUUGUCUCAGCUGUUGACAUCCAUGAGAUAGGACUGGUUGCUAUGGAAAAGUUCUUCCUAGGGUUUUCACCCUUUGCCCCUUCUUCCAACGUUGUUAAUGUUUAGUGCUUUAUGUUUUGUAUUCCUAACCUUCAUUUCACCCUUAUAUUAAAGAUGGGAUUAUUUUUUGUUUGGAAUAAAAGCAAAGCAUGUUAAAUUCAUUUCAUUGAUAAUUGCCAGAGUAGUUUAAGUAAAAGGCCUAUGUGAAGUUUUUUAUGGAUCACAUCUCUUUGAAUAAUGGAGAAAUAAACUCGUCUAGGAGCCAAAAAAUAUUGGGGCUUUCUUUUGUGUGUAAGGUUUUAAGACAUACACUGUCCUUGUUUUGCUAAGUAAUUGCCUAUGAGAAAACAAAUACUAGAAAACUUGCCCCAAACCCCUCUGUUUCUUGCUACUUUGUGCUUGUUUUUAGGAAAGAGAACUUACCAGAAUUUAAAUGUAAGGGUAGGUUAAGGACUCAGAUUCCCGGUAUUAUACACUGCCAUCAAAAGAUAAAUGUAAAUGUUAACACGAUUGCCAUAAGACUCACAAUAUAGCUUUAAGUGUAUUUUGGUUUCUUCAAGUACUGUGAUUUGGGGAAUUCCUGUCACUGUAAGGCUAACCACAAUUUUAUGCCUUUCUAAAGUAUGUGAUGUUGAUAUCAUUCACCUUUUAGAUUACCUUAGCUGUUAAAACUUCCCAGCCCUCAAUCCUCUAUCAUUUCAGUCAUAAAAGCCAACACUAUUUUAUUUACGAGAAAGGGAGAAACAUUAGCUGCCUACAACGAGGGCACAUGUCCUGACCCAGAAUCAGGGAGACAUCUCAGCAUGGGAGAACACCCAAUCAAGCCAUGCCAGCCAAGGCAGGGCUACACUUUGAAAUUACAGGGUGGCAUUGGUUAAUAAGAUUCCAGGUUUCAGAUAUAUAGUUCUACAAUACACCCCCUGAAUGUAUUUUGUUUUUAAAUAUAUUUUUUAUUUUUGAGGUAGGGAAGGGAGAGAAACAUGGUUCAGCUGCCUCCUGCACACCAACUAGGGAUCAAGUUAGCAACCUCUUGGUGCCUGGGUUACUGCUCAACCAGACAUUAGCCAGACCACCCCCUGUAUAUUGUAUUGUGUUUACCACCCAAUUUACACCGCAUUUAAAUAUAUGCAAACCAUAAACUAUCAAAAGACAUCUAUGGUGAGAAUUGUUUGGUCCUAAAAGAAAAACUUGGCAAUACUUUAUAGAAGUUAAUUUCCUACAAAUUAUUUCCGUUUGUGAGAAUAUAAAUUUACAUAGCAUUGCUGUGCAAGUGUAGAAUUUAAAGGAUUCUCGUUCAUUUUAGGAAUUGUGCCUUAGAACAUAGAAUAGGGAAAUUUAAAUAAACCCGCUUUACUCAACUUGAUAGCAAACUAGGUAGCUUAUUCUGCCUGUAGCCUUUUGCUGUUAAGUCUUAAGUGGUGGGAGGAGGGGGAUGUCUCAAAAGUAAUUAAAACCAAACCUGAUCCUCAGUUGGGUUAUGUGCACUCUAAGAAUAAGUAGUAGGCAGUCAUAGCAAUAUUUUAUAAAGUAAAAAAGGCACUGGGUAGAAAAAGCAGUUUUAUUUUUAAUUCAGUGUUUCAAAUUCAUAUAUGCACAUUUAGGAACAAGCAGUUUGUCUUUAGGAUGAGUUGGGCAACAUUAGCUUGCCUUAAUUUAUUUGGAUACACACAACUUGGUCAUUCUGCCUGAAAAU